GUUAUGUUGAAAUUUUCUUCUGAAACUGGAUACUAUAUAUGUUACUAUGUAGUAACUGAUCUAACAGUCGUACACACGGACAGGGCAGCACCUACUUAUAACCUACCGGUCACGUGUCAUAAAAACCCAUUGAAACACGGCUGCAGCGUGAAGCUAGUAGAAAGACUACCGAGUACACAACAACCGGCCGGUGUGUUGACUGUGUGCAUUGAUCCGUUUUACUAAUUCACUCUAGUGGAACGCCAUAACUGCAGUUCUGAGAAGGCGUCGGUUGCAGCAGGUCGCGGACACCAUACUGUAUAUUUGUACAGGGCUAUACAGCACGUGUUGGUUUUUGUUAAAAUUCAAACAUGCCAAGAAGGUCUCGAGAUGCUACCGAAGGGGACGGUCGUCCAGUACUGAAGCGGGGACGCUACAGCUUUCGGAUGACCAGGUCCCGAGCAAAAAGGCUGUCCAAGCUUUCUAAGGAACCAGAAGGAAGGGUCAAGAUUUUCUCAGAUGAAGAUUUUAAGUCAAAGUUCAAGGUUUUGGAAGUAGUGAAUAAACCGGGUGCUGCGUUGAAGGUUGUGUUUUUGGAUUUCCACCUGAAUGAGAAUCGGCGGGAACACCACACUAAGGAGUUUGACCAGCCUGACCUGAUCCUGAGGCGAGGUCAAGCCUUUACACUGACCCUUGAAUUUGACCGUGAGAUUGACAUAACCCAUGACAAUGUGAUUCUUCAGCUCACUUACGGUGACCAGCCUAAGGAGAGUAAAGGAUCUUUGGUACGAAUUCCAGUUGUGUUAACAAAGAAAGGAGUUUCUUCAGACAUGGCUAGAUGCUGGGGUGUCUGUACACUGGACACCAGCGAGAAAUCUGUAACCUUGACCCUGACCUCGCCUCCGGAUAUUUAUAUCGGAAAGUACAACCUGUUUGUUGAAAGUAACCUAAAGGAUCAGGACAUGGUGAAACGAUACAAACACGAGGAUGAAAUCAUCAUUAUCUUCAAUGCGUGGUGUAAAGAGGACACUGUGUAUUUGGCGGAUCCAGCUUGGAGAAAGGAGUAUGUCCUCAAUGAGACUGGAAAUGUUUGGGUUGGGAGUCAAUACAAGAACCAUGGCAGACCCUGGAACUUUGGACAGUUUUCCGAGCCCUGCCUGGAAGCUGCUCUGUACCUGUUAGACAAGGGAGAGUUGGCGGACUCUGGCAGAAACAGUCCUGUGUCCAUUAUCAGGGUUCUCUCAGCUCUAGCUAACAGUUGUGAUGAGGAGGGUGUAUUGGAGGGCCGGUGGACAUCAGAGUAUCCCAAGGAUUGCACAGCCCCUUGGCUGUGGAGAGGAAGUGUAAAUAUACUGAAGGAAUUCAUGGAAACUGGCAGAUCGGUCCAGUAUGGCCAGUGUUGGGUGUUCUCCUGUUUGGUAACCACAUUGCUGCGUGCCCUGGGUAUACCGACCAGGUCAGUGACAAACUUUGAGUCUGCCCAUGACACAGAUUGUAGUAUGACCAUUGAUUUCCAUUACAAAGAGGACGGAAGCCCAGUUGAUGACUUAAAUGACUCAAAGUGGAAUUUCCACGUGUGGAAUGAGUCUUGGAUGCAGCGCCGUGAUCUUCCAGAUGGCUAUGAUGGAUGGCAAGCACAUGAUGCCACCCCACAAGAGCUCAGUGAAGGUGUGAUGCGAUGUGGUCCAGCUCCCCUAAAGGCCAUCAAGGAGGGACAUGUUUAUCUAAAUUACGAUGUCAACUUCAUCCUCUCAGAAGUCAAUGGAGAUAGAGUCAACUGGAGGGUACAUGAUGAUGACACUAUGGAAGUGCUUUAUGUAGAGAAAAAUGUGGUUGGUCGGAAGAUAAGUACCAAGGCCAUCGGUUCUGAUGAGAGGGAAGACAUCACCCUGCUGUACAAGUACCCUGAGGGGUCUGCCGAAGAACGAAAAGUCAUGCAAUUUGUCAGUCGAUUUGGAACAAGACGAAAGCAUAACAUUUACAACCUUGAAACAACACAGGAAGUAGAACUUGAUGCUGACCUUCCAAAUGAAACCAUGAUUGGGGAUGACAUUGAGAUUAAGGUCAAUGUCAUUAAUAAGAUGAACGAGGAACGUAAAGUUGAUGUACGUCUGACAGUUCUGAAUGCGUUCUACACAGGCAUUUCCGGCCGGAAGGUGAAAACUGAAAAACUGGAGUGCAUCAUUCCAGGCUACAGUGCGGAAACUGUCACCAUGAGCAUACCAGCAGAGGAGUAUGAGAAGAAGAGAAAUCCAGAAGGAAGGUUUCAGAUCUAUGUUAAUGCUAAGAAUGUGUCCAACGGCCGCAUGCAUGUUCUCUCUGAGGUCUUCAUGUUGAGUACACCAGACCUUACUGUUGAUAUCCCAUCAGCUACUCCAUACAUGACUGAUACUGGUGGCAAGGUGGAAUUCAAGAACACAACAAGCCUCACUCUGACACAUGGCGUGUUUUCCUGCGAUGCUGGAAAUGGCCUCAUACAAAAAGGUUUCACCAUACCUGUCAAGAGAGCCAUCAGACCUGGAGAAUCGGUGACAGAGGAAUUUAUGCUCCAUCCGACUCGACGCUAUCACCGCCGCCGCCGUCUCAAUGUCACCUUCAGCUGUGACCAGAUUGUCAACAUAGAGGGCAGCACCUAUACAAAGAUCAUUAAUACUCCUCCAAAGGAUGAGGAUGAAACAGACAGCAGUGAUGAUGAGUAAUAGAAGAAUCUUCCUAAACCAUGAAGACCAAUAAUAACAGUAACAACUUCCUUGCGACAUCUCAAGACUCUGAAAUAUGCCGAAGGUUUUUUAGAUGAAGAGAAUUUCAAUUUAUUCUUUUAUGAAGGAUACUUUUAAAAUGUGAAAUGUGUUGUCACAUAUAAGUUUUGUAAUAUGUUAUUUUCAUCUUACCUUUAGUGAUGUCAUAUAUAGGUCACCUGAGACAAUUCAGUCCCAUGUGACCUAUUGCUAUCGCCUUUUAUUCGUCAUUGUGAAUCUGUAAACAACUUACAUUUUGAACAUUUCUCAAAAACAGCAAAUUUAAAGCAAUUUCAAAAAGAUGAUUUGCAGGAAGCUUCAGUGGCAAAAGACAUGCAAAAAUUGUGUUUUAUAGGGAUAUCAUCCCCAGGAGCCUGAGGGUUGAGACUAAACAUUUUAGCAAUCUUCCUCAGACCAAGAUAUAUAAUAUAGUGCUCUUCAUGGUCAGAAACGAUCGUGGUGUUUUGGUAAAAAUGUGAAUUUCGCUAUCCUGUGUUAACCCUGAUAUUCACCUUUAGAGGGGUUACAUUUUAUUAUAAUUACAUAGGAAAAAAGCACUUUUGCAUAUAACUGGUAUACCGAUUGGAAGAGACUUGUAAACGCCUAGUCUGUUUUCCUACAGCUAAUGGUAAAUAUACUUUAUAACUGGUAUACCGAUUGGAAGAGACUUGUAAACGCCUAGUCUGUUUUCCUACAGCUAAUGGUAAAUAUUCUUUAUAACUGGUAUACCGAUUGGAAGAGACUUGUAAACGCCUAGUCUGUUUUCCUACAGCUAAUGGUAAAUAUUCUUUAUAACUGGUAUACCGAUUGGAAGAGACUUGUAAACGCCUAGUCUGUUUUCCUACAGCUAACGGUAAAUAUUCUUUAUAACUGGUAUACCGAUUGGAAGAGACUUGUAAACGCCUAGUCUGUUUUCCUACAGCUAACGGUAAAUAUUCUUUAUAACUGGUAUACCGAUUGGAAGAGACUUGUAAACGCCUAGUCUGUUUUCCUACAGCUAACGGUAAAUAUUCUUUAUAACUGGUAUACCGAUUGGAAGAGACUUGUAAACGCCUAGUCUGUUUUCCUACAGCUAACGGUAAAUAUUCUUUAUAACUGGUAUACCGAUUGGAAGAGACUUGUAAACGCCUAGUCUGUUUUCCUACAGCUAACGGUAAAUAUUCUUUAUAACUGGUAUACCGAUUGGAAGAGACUUGUAAACGCCUAGUCUGUUUUCCUACAGCUAACGGUAAAUAUUCUUUAUAACUGGUAUACCGAUUGGAAGAGACUUGUAAACGCCUAGUCUGUUUUCCUACAGCUAACGGUAAAUAUUCUUUAUAACUGGUAUACCGAUUGGAAGAGACUUGUAAACGCCUAGUCUGUUUUCCUACAGCUAACGGUAAAUAUUCUUUAUAACUGGUAUACCGAUUGGAAGAGACUUGUAAACGCCUAGUCUGUUUUCCUACAGCUAACGGUAAAUAUUCUUUAUAACUGGUAUACCGAUUGGAAGAGACUUGUAAACGCCUAGUCUGUUUUCCUACAGCUAAUGGUAAAUAUUCUUUAUAACUGGUAUACCGAUUGGAAGAGACUUGUAAACGCCUAGUCUGUUUUCCUACAGCUAACGGUAAAUACAUGUUGGUGACUCCCCAACAUCAUUUUAUUUGUGAAUUUACAGGUUAAAACCAUACAGGCUUCAUAUUUACUAUUUUUUUAUGUCAUAUUACAACAACAAAGAACAAUUGUAUUAAAACUCUUGUUUAAUGAAACAUUGUUUAUAUUGACAUCAUAAAUUUUAAAGAUGAAUUAAAUGAGCUACUGUAGUAACAUUUUUUCGUCAUUACCUUGUUACAGUGUAAUAGGGACACCAUACUUUGGCAGCUACUGUAGUAACAUUUCAUCAUUACCUUGUUACAGUGUAAUAGGGACACCAUACUUUGGCUGCUACUGUAGUAACAUUUCAUCAUUACCUUGUUACAGUGUAAUAGGGACACCAUACUUUGGCAGCUAAACAUUAACAAAUUUUGAGAGUCUGGCACUCAUCCUGGUCAGAUGUUUACAAUGGAAAUCUGGUAAGUUGUGUGACUUUUCCAAAAUAAAUCACACAGAAAAUGAAGAGGAACAACAUUUAGGGAAGUCAUCAUUCAUCGACAUAACUUCCUGUAGAAGAGAUUUUGGAAUAGAAUGCUUGUGUGAUUGUUAUACAUUGUUUCUUUAACGGGGUAAAUAUUGUUAAGUCUGAUGCAUGGAAUGUAACACAUUUAAUUGUUAAGAACCAAAUGAAUAUUUGUCAUGGUUAAUUAACGGAAUUUCUCAAUUAUAAGUUGUGUGGGAUCAGUUGUUACUGUAUCAAGAAAUUAAAAAUCCUUAAUAUCAAA